ACUCGAUCGUUAGAUAUAAGCUUUAUUUUUCAGACAUUGUUAUAAAUUGUAGUCAGGUUUGUAUCUUGAGGUCAUGUUUGUAUCAUGAGGUCAUGUUUGUAUCCUGAGGUCUUGUUUGUAUCUUGAGGUCAUGUUUUUAAAUUUAGGUCAUGUUUGAAUCCUGAGUCUCAUAUGUAUCCCGAGGUCAGGUAUGUGUCUUGAGAUUAUGUUAGUUUAGUAUAUUUGGGUAGCAGGCGUCUUGUGAUGCGUCCAGUAAAUGGAUCAGCCACACUUCUCCCACUGAUAUUGCAAACAGAGAGAUGGAUUGAACUCAUUCUCAAGUGUAAAUCUGAAAAGAGUAGUCUCCCCUAUAUUUAUUUGUGCUCUGUUUUGUUUGGGGUUCUAUUUUUACUUUAAAUGUUCACUUUUGCCUUUUCUAUUGUUCGCUAAUGUAAAUCACAAAGUAAGAAGAAAAUUAUUUUUUUUCCAUUUUAUUUAUGUAGUGACAAAAAAAAUUGAUUUAACAUUAAAAAAAAAUAUGCAUCAAGUUAUCAUUAUUAAAUAAAAUACUAAUACUGUUAUAAAUAGUACAAUAGUAAUGAAGUCUAAAAUUCAGAACAGAAACCCUAAGCAAAAGAAUUAUUGUUGAUGUUUGUUAAGAGUCUAAAAUCCAGUCGAAGUUUUUGUCAGUCUUUACACAAAAUGAAAAAAGCUAUUAAAGAAAAAUUAGAAAAAGCACAUGAUAUGAUUAGAAGAAAGACCUCCAAACCUGAAGACAAAACUGAGGAAUCAAAAUUAAAAAAUGAUAACAGUUCCAUUGGCAGCAAAAAAAGCCCUGUGGUUCGCAGCAAGAGCCCUGUGGUUCGCAGCAAGAGCCCUGCGGUUCGCAAACAGAGCCUUGCUGGCAGCAACAAGAGUCCUGCGGUUCGCAAACAGAGCCUUGCUGGCAGCAACAAGAGCCCUGCGGUUCGCAACCAGAGCCUUGCUGGCAGCAACAUGAGCCCUGCGGUUCGCAACCAGAGCCUUGCUGGCAGCAACAUGAGCCCUGCGGUUCGCAAACAGAGCCUAGCUGGCAACAACAAGAGCCCUGUAGGCAGCCACAAGAACCCUGUAGGCAUCAACAGGAACCCCAAUGGAGGCUACAAAAACCCUGUAGGCAUCAACAGGAACCCCAAUGGAGGCUACAAAAACCCUGUAGGCAUCAACAGGAGCACCACUGGAGGCUACAAGAACCCUGUAGGCAGCAACAAGAACCCUGUAGUCAGAAACAAGAACCCUGUAGUCAGAAACAAGAGCCCUACAGACAGCUAUAAGAGCACAGCAAGUGCAGAUUUCUCACAACGACAGAAUCAGUUAGGAAGUGGUCAAAUUUCAGGCGGUAAAGUGGGGUCAGGCCCGGGUAGCAGGAAAAGCUCUGUUGCAUCUGGACUUUCUUCGCAAAGUUCCCAGAGCAGUGGAAGUGAUCGCAAGAGAAGGAUACCAUCGAAAAGUAAACCCAAAGAAUCAGACAAGGUCGAGAAAGAGUUCGGGUAUCUUAUUGAACUGGAAUCUGAAAGUGCCUCAGAGAGCACAGCUUCACUGUCUGACGACGAUAUGGCAGGAAUAAAGGAAAUUGCCGAAGCAGUCAUUGUGGAGACUGCUCCCGGAAACAGCUUUGAUGUCUACUACGAAAGAAUAUUGGGAGAUGUGACCAAAAAGUCAGCAGCUAAACAGUUUUUCAUUGGCUCUGCUGCUGGUUGUGUGACCGGCUUCUUGGUUCAAAAAGUAAGCAAGGCGGCUGCAGCAGGUUUAGCUGGGACACUUCUUCUCAUUCUGGUGGCACAACAUAAUGGUAUAGUGAGUAUCAACUGGACCAAACUGGAUCGAGAAAUCACCAAAGCAAGAGCCAAGGCCAGGGAAGCAUUAUCCAGGCAUAAAACUUCCAUUUUUGACAGGAGUCACCUUUUCUAUGAAGAAAACUAUUUUUUGGGGAUUGGUUUCGUUAGUGGCUUUUUAUUUGAUCUCUUGGUGUAAUGGAACUCUACAAAUGUGGACAAUUAUUCAAGGGAUCUAGUUACUUGAGCAUGUAGUCAUGUGUGUGUUUACAACUUAGCUUAAGAGUCAAUGACAAAGUCAAGAUAAACCCAAAUCAUUCUAAAUACCUUUGUUGAAAUUAUUAGUAACUAUUAUAUUUUAACAAUAGAUAUUUGUUUGUUAUUUUGACAUGACUUCGUUAUAUGUUGUAAAAAGAAAUAAUUGUGUCACUUGUAAAUAACUUCUACCUGAAUUGUAUAUAGAAUGUCAAUGAAGUUAGAUUCCAUGUUUUUGUGUGACGGUAUUUCAUACUGUUGAAGUUUUCUUUUCUCUUUUGGCUGUGUUACCUUCAUUUAUUUAAUGCUUGGUCAAUUAAACAACUAUAUUUUAUACAUGGAUUUAUAAAUUGAUUCAGAUAUACAGAGAUAUGUUUAGUUCUAUUAAAAAGUUUUCACAAAAUGUUUAAGAUUUUUGUGACUUUCUAUGGAAUUUCAGCAUUGUUCUCAUCAUGUAGGGCUUCUAACUUUGUUAGAAAAAUCAUUAACACAUGAAUUUUUUUUUUUGAAAGAAAGUGCUGAAGUAGUCAUAUAUGACAUAGAUCUUCUGCUGUGGAACAAAAGUUUUGAGGGUUGUCUUUUCUUAAUGUACCCUAGACUGAUGGUAGAAAUACUUGAACCUUUCAUUGCAAUCGGUCCUAAAAUAGGGCAGCUGUUCUCAACCUGUGUCAUAAAGUACUUCAUGAUGUGUCACUGGAAAUGGUGUCACCAUAGUGAUGAUCUUGGACUACAGGCUGAGAGCUGUUGUCAUAAGACACUCUCAUUUUAUAUUUUGUUGUCUUGGCAUGUAUAAUAGCGAAGUCUAAUCCAAUGGGUCUAAGAAAAAGAGUUUGAUGUUUUUCUGUUGACUUUUGUACAAAGUCAGUUCACUAUUAGGAAUUCUAGGAAAGCCCAAGUUAAGGUAUUGCUGAAAGCAUAUUUGCAUUUACAGCUCUGCUUAGAAAAUGUAAUUGGUCUUGUCCUAAAUUGACUAUGGUUCAUUUCGUAGAGCACUUUUUCAUGUGACUGUAGAGCCCUUAUAGUGGAGAGACACUCCUGCCCACAUACAAUGCAUGCAAAGGUGACAUUUGCUUUGGUGAUAGAGAAGCCAUCCAUUUUUUGUUUGGCUAGCUUUUCUUCCAGGGCUGAGGCCAAUGCUUUUUCGCUGUCCAUAGUUUUCUUUGUCACCAUCUUUCUCCACAUGUCUUCCCAGCAGUCAACAGAACAAAUUGACAUUGAAGAAAUUACAAAUCUCUCUUGACAGUUUCUAAGUAUUUUGAAACUCCUCCUCAGUUGAUCGCUUAGAGUUCAUUUUUGUUAUUUAUAUAUUUAAAUGAUAGGCUAAAAAAACAAACAAACAGUCUGAAGAUUUGAUGGUUUAAAAUGAGAAGUCAAAACAGUCAAUUUACAAUCUUUAAGAUCUACAGUCCUGAAGAUUUGAUGGACUCAUUGUAAAAUCUAGAUAUCAAGUUUAUGACCACUUUAGUUGAGUUCAUUUGUAAAAGUUUGAGAUCCUCUGUGUGGUUGCAUCCUCCUAAGAUUAGCAACAAUAUCAUGCUUUUAUUCAAUGAUGCUGCCAUGAUUCAAGUGAACUUUGUAUCUAGUAGUUUUGUUUAGAUCUAUGACUGACUGUAGGUCUAUCAUAUUAUAUUUUUGGUGCUAUAGGUAUAGAAUAUAGUCAUGAAAUUGGUCUUGCUUUUUUUUUUGUCAUAAAAAGAAAAAAGAUUGGCUGAACCACAUAACAUAGUAUACUUUUGAUUAGAUUACUGACUGAACCAUAUACUUUUGAUUAGAUUACUGACUGACUGAACCACAUACUUUUGAUUAGAUUACUGACUGACUGAACCACAUACUUUUGAUAAGAUUACUGACUGAACCACAUACUUUUGAUUAGAUUACAACCCUUUUCUAGUCUAUCACAUAAGUAUCCUAUGUUGACUUCCAUUUUGUUUUGGAGUUAUUGAUUUCAAUAAGACAAUGAUAUUAAAAUUAAUUCAUAAACAAG